AUGGCUGGAGAGGAGAAUAAGGAAGCAGAUAUGCUGUCCCGACUGCCAAUGGAAUCAAGAGUUCUAGCAGAUCUUUAUGAAAACCACCUGGGUUCAUAUCGAAUGAAGGCAUUAGCUAGAUCGUAUAUCUGGUGGCCGAGUUUGGACAUGACGUUGGAAGAAUUGUGCAAGAAAUGUGAAAUUUGCGAAAGUCAGAGAAAUAAACCGCCUGCUGGUAUUCCUCAUCCAUGGAUGUAUCCCACAGUAUCUUGGGAGAAAGUUCACGCAGAUUUUGCGGAGUUGGAAGGUCAACAUUAUCUUAUUAUGAUUGACGCUUAUUCCAAAUGGUUGGAGGUGCAUCAAAUGGGCCAGUUUCAGUUUUCAUGGCAUCUCAAGACGAUUGGUGACAGAUAA